CCCCUCUGUCUGGUCAUUUUUAAUCCGAAAACUUAUUAGGAUUUCGUUAUUUAUAAGUGUUGGUCGCAUAUUAAGCAUGUUGAACAUCAAGUUUUGUGGAUUUUUAUUGUUUUAUUUGAGCACUGUUGCAGCAGUAGAAUUCUUCUGCUACACUUGCACAGGUUACGAUGAAGAUAAAUGUGUUGACCCCAAGAAAGCCCCUAUCUACAACUGCUACGAUGAACUAGGAGGGCAGCACAACCCUAAUAUAUACGUCGGAUGCUACUCCCUAUAUAUAAACUAUUCUGGCCUAUGGGACCUGGAGAACAAUCCUCGUGACCAUGAAACUGGAAUAUACAGAGGAUGCGCGAUUGUGCCCACAUUUAUAACAAAUUACUGCGCGUGGCAUAUUGCAGAAUUGGGGUUGUAUAACAUAACGGUAAACGCGUGUGCUUCCUGUAACUCUGAUAGGUGUAACGAUCACAUUUUCGAUGAAAAAAAUGGAUUAAUUGUGGAAAAUGUUGACGAUAGCUCUGGGGCUGUAAGGCAGAAAAUGAGUUGGGUGGUGGGAUUUUUAAUUUUUAUAUGGUUAUUUAUGUGUUAAAAUUGUGUCCAAUUAGUAAUAUUUUAUGGUAUAAAUGCCUCUCAAAGAUUUAAAACUAAAAAAAGGUUUUUCCUUUUAUAUAUUAGCUUGAGAAAGUGCUGUUGAAAUAAUUGAUUUUAAAAGCAAGAGUCACAUAAUGUAUUGAAAACGCCUAUUUUAUGGCCAUACAAAGAUAUGUGUAAGACAUGUUUUUUACUUAAUUAAGCCAAUAAAAUAAACUUACAAAAGUUG